UCCAGAGCAGAAAUGCAGCAGAGCUUGAUCUGACUUGUCCUACGUGCUGGGAAGUGUUUUCUUGCUCUUCGGGACUUUUUCUCGGUGCCUUUCUCACGCUGUGAUAUGGCCAUUUCUGUCUCUCUCCAGUGUCUGGGACUCAUCAUACUCGCAGCAGUCCUCCUCCAGACCAUCGCGGUCGCCGUCAGUUUCAUGUACUUCAACAAAGUCCUGAGCUCGAUGGAGGAGAGUUUCUCUAGGAGUAGCGUGUCCUGUCUGAUAAAUGCAAAUCUGCACUUAGGAUUUAAAGAUUCAGCAGCUGAGGACAAGAAGAGCGACCCCUGCUGGCAAGUCACGCAACAGCUCCACUACCACAUAGAGAAGACGAUGGCUGACAGAUUCCAGAAAGAGAUAUCCUCUGCUAUGAGAAAUAAGCUGACGGGAGUGCUGCCUAUCCUGGGGCCUAACCCUGGGGUCCCUCUUCCAAAAGUUGCUGCCCAUGUGACGGGUGUCGCCUCCUCCACAGAGACUCCAGCAACAGAAGGCUCGCGGAGCAGCAGGGGGUACCUCGGGGAGCGUGUCAGAGCGUGGGAGGGCGAGAGAGGUCUGUCCUUCCUGCAGAACAUGGAGCUGAGGGGAGGGGAGCUGCUGGUGCCCAGAGCGGGCCUCUAUCACAUCUACGCACAAACCUACUUCAGACUGCCAUCCACGGGGGAGACGGAAGGGGAGGCAAAGGGGGACAUGGGAGAAACAAAGGAGGAGGAAGGAGCACAGCUUGUACAGUAUAUCUACAAAAAGAUGAGUUCCUACACGGUGCCCAUCCUGCUAAUGAAAUCAUCCCGGAGUGCCUGCUGGCCUCGGGGUCAGGAGCCUGGUCUCUUCUCCCUGCAUCAGGCUGGUACUGCCUUUCUACAGCCCGCUGACCGCCUCUUCAUCACAGUUAGCAAUGCCAGCACCAUGGAAAUGGACGGGAGGGCGAGCUACUUCGGGGCCUUCCUGGUGGGCUAAAGAGAGGGAGGCGUGGACAGAGGUGUCCAGGACUGGGAUGACUUGAUGGACAGAAGUUAACCCAAAUGUGAGGGGUUUGCUUGGUAAUAUGAGCAGCUGUCUGAGGACACAGGAUUGGAGAAGGACAGAUUGCUGGGAGAGCAAAGGACUUCUUCUGGACUGGAGCUGUGGGGACAUGAUCAAAUCCAGCUGCAGUGGUAGUCCCUCAGCGGCCCAAUAUGACAGGGAUUAAGAGCCAUUUGGUGUGUAUUUACUCCAGCAGGGACCAAUUAAUCGAUCACACUUAAACCUCUCACAGGAUAUUAAUUCUGUUUUUAAGACCGGCAAACAGAACGUCCUGCAUGACAGAGCAAAUGCGGAUUACGUGGUGCAUUCAGAGCACAAAGCAUUUGGACCAGCACAACAGAUGCAGAUUAAAUGUUGUGAUCUCAUGUGUGAAUGCCUUCUAUUGAGAGUGGUCUGAGCUGUUUUGCCUGUAGGUCAAACAAUCAACUGCUGAACUGUCAUCCCCAGGAAGUGACAGCAGCGUUGGAUACAUGACUCUAAACUGAUCUUUUAUCAAAAAAUAUAAGCAUCAAAAAAUAAAAUGCCACAAGACGGAGAUUUUUAGAUGUUCAGUAUAAUGAAUGAAGCUUCUUUUUUGUUUACGGCACUCAUGGCUGAAUUUCCUCUUUGUGCAGUGUCUUGAACGAAUAAGUGGCGUGACAAUCAUCGUGAUGUCCUGCCCUGCAGCCUCAAAGAGAAGCACUGAUCUACUAUGAAUGGAUUUGAGUAUUA